AUAUUCUUUCUAUUUUUUGCGUAUCAAGAGUCUUCAGUUUACAUUUCUGUUUUAUCGUUCUUGAACAAUUAUUUGUUUACCUUUUUGUUUAGGGAAUUUCAUCACUUUUACCCGAUGGCGAUUAUUGUAAAUCUGUUCCAAGUUGCGACUCUUAACAGCGAUUCCUUAAAAUUGCAUCACAAGCCCAUUGAGUGAAAUGAUGAUGUGUUCAGUGCUUAUUGAUUAAGCCCAUUGAGUAUAUAAAUAUAUAGUUCAUCAUCAUCAUCAUCAUUAUCACAAGCGAUUCUGAGGUUGUUAAGUUUCCGUCAAAGCUCUCGUCGCUGCGAAGCUUCUCCCCGAGUAUCUCCGGUGAUAAGAUAUGGAGAAUCAAGAUAGGGGUGAGCUGGGAGGUAAAAGGGGAAGUGGCAAAGACGAUGACAAGAAAAAGGGUAAAGGAAAAGAGAUACUACCUCUAUAUGAAAACGAGAAGCCACGUAACCGAAGAUAUAUGGAGGCUGAAAUGGGGAAAACAAUUACCGUGCCUAGAUGGGACUGGGAAUAUGACGAGCCCCCUAGGAGGUGGAACUGGUCUGAUUACCAAGGCAUUGUUAGCAAUGUACUAGAUCAAAGAGAUGAAGCAAUCUGUUGGGCAAUCGCAAUUAUUAGAGCUAUUGAGGCUCUUUUUAACAUAGGUAGGCGACUCAGCGACCAAAGAACAUUUUCUAUUCAGCAUUUGAGAAAUAAUGUGAAGUAUACCGCCACUGGACUGUUGGACCCUCUAAAGUCUGACUCUCAUUUAAAAGAACACGGUGUGUUAGAAGAGGGACAAUGCUCUUAUGCCCGUACUGCUUCUACAUGUGAGCAUGGAGAUGAUGUAGCUGGAAUGUUGAUAGAUGACAUCGUUACCAACUAUGAUGUUGAUGAUAUUGAGCUUGUUCGUAUGGUGAGAAGACAACCAGUGGUUGGUAUUCUGCAAUUAAACAAUGAGCUGGCAAACUAUACAAAUGGGAUUUAUAACAUAAGAAGGCCUCCGGCGUCCACACCGUUAGGAUCUCACGCUGUUCUCAUUGUGGGCUAUGACGAAGAUCAUCGCGGCCCAUAUUGGAUUAUACAUAAUAGUUGGGGUGUCGGAUGGGGGCAGCAGGGAUUUGGUUUGGUUCGCCGGAACAUCAAGAAAGGCCAAGGUUCUCUGUUCAGGCAAGUAAAGAUUCCGGUGAAAAAAAAUUACCCAUUCGAGAAGAAGAAGAAGCAAUAGAAGGUUGACACCAAAGCUUUGUCUCCAAGCUUACUACAAACUUUUCUCCUCUCUUUUUGUUUUCUUUUUUGGUCAAACACUACAAAACCUUUUUCAUUCUGUUCUUUUGUUGUUUUUUGCUUUCUAAUGCUUAGUACUGGCGGCAUGUCUUAGUUUCACAAAUUUGUUUCUUAGUUUUUCUCGUGCAUCUAUGUUUCUAAAAUUUCAUUUUAAUACUCUUUUUACGUA